CUUGACCGUCUUGGAGUGGGUCUCUACGUGCUGAGGUGAAUCUCUCGCAUCAAUGGAUUUGCGUAAACAGAUGUGGACAGUGCUAGCAGUGCUUUCUCUUAUCGUUCAAUAUUCUCAGGCCAAAGUCCCCUGGGAAGUCCAACGAUAUGACGGCUGGUAUAACAACUUAGCCUAUCACAGUCGAGGUGCUGUUGGUUCCCCCUUGGUCCGCCUCCUGCCCGCGCGCUACUCUGACGGGGUCCUCCAGCCGCUCCAGGAGCCACAGCUCCCCAACCCGCGCAGGGUCAGCGAUGUGACGGCCAGAGGCCCCUCGGGCCUACCCUCUGCACAUAACCAGACUGUACUCUCUGUAUUCUUCGGGUACCACGUUGUAUUUGAGAUCCAGGACUCCCGUCCUCCCGGCUGUCCUCCGGAAUUUAUGCACAUCCCUGUCCCAAAGGGAGACCCAGUCUUUGACCCCAACCGUACCGGCCGGGUCCUACUGCCAUUCCAGAGGGGGCCCUGGGAAAAACACUCCAGCCAGAGCCCCAAUAACCCCCGCACUCAGGUGAACCUGGUGACAGCGUGGCUGGACGGCAGCUCUAUCUACGGCCCGUCUAGUUCCUGGUCUGACGCCCUGAGGAGUUUCUCUGGAGGUCUCCUAGCCUCCGGGGAGCAGUGGGACAUGCCCAAGAGGAGGGGGGGCAGUAACCUCAUGUGGAGCGCUGCUGAUCCCUCCACUGGUCAACAUGGACCUGAGGGACUCUAUGAGUUGGGUAACGGCUGGGGCAACGAGAAUGUGUUCACCAUGGCCGAGGGGAUCGUGUGGUUUCGCUACCACAAUUACAUCGCCUCCCAGCUGCGUGAGAAACACCCGUCGUGGUCUGACGAAGACCUGUUUCAAAGCGCCAGGAAGGCCGUGGUCGCCACGUUCCAGAAUAUUGCAUUCUAUGAAUGGCUGCCUGGAUUCCUGGAAAAGACAAUGUCUCCAUACCUAGGCUACCAGAAGUUUGUGGAUCCAGGGAUCUCACCUGAGUUUCAGGCAGCUGCCAUACGUUUUGCCUCUACGAUGGCGCCCCCUGGUGUCUUCAUGAGGAACAGAACUUGCCACUUUCAGAAGGUUGUCAACGGCGAUGGGAGCACGUCGCCAGCCAUUCGCCUGUGUAACAGCUUCUGGAACCGGCAGAACCCCAACCUGAAGUCCGGACAGGAUAUCGACCGUCUGAUUAUGGGCAUGACCUCGCAGAUCGCAGAGAGAGAGGACAACGUCAUCGUGGAAGACUUAAGAGAUUAUAUGUACGGGCCUCUGCGUUUCUCGCGGUCGGACUUGGUGGCUCUGACGGUGCAGAGAGGCCGAGACUUUGGCCUGCCCAGCUACAACCAGGUCAGAGAGGGGCUGGGCCUGGUCCCUGUAGAGAGGUGGGGAGACAUAAACCCUCAGCUCAACACCACCAACCCACAGCUAUUCAGGGACCUUGCAGACCUGUACCAUGGGGACAUUUCUAAACUGGAGUUGUUUCCUGGAGGUCUCCUAGAGUCUGUGGACGGUCCUGGUCAGGUCUUCUCCUCUAUCAUACUGGACCAGUUUAACCGCAUCAGGAAUGGCGACCGCUUCUGGUUCGAGAACACACAGAACGGUCUGUUCACAGCUGAAGAGCUGCAGGCCAUUCGCAACACAACCUUUCAUGACGUCAUUACAGCGGUCACCGGCGCGGAGGCUGAGGACAUACAGAGAAGAGUCUUCUUCUGGAAGGAUGGUGACCCUUGUCCCCAGCCCUCUCAGGUCACGACCUCUGAGCUCCACCCCUGCACCAACGCCACCAAGCUCAACUACUUUGACGCCGGGAGUAAAGCUGGCUUCGGCAUCCUAGUCAUCUGCCUGUUCCUCUUUCCCGUUGUGAGCUUCCUCAUGGCUCUCGUGGUGGCCUACUUCAGAAAGUCCAAGUUUAAGAAGUUCCAGAAGAGAGGAGGAGCUGACGACACAACAAAGGAACCCGCUUCUGGAAUCACAGCCUGUGAGUGGCAGGGCCCUAAGAAGCCCUUACGUCCAGUCAAUCUGUUGGUGGAUGAUAAGAGGAGACUGCAGGUGUUUGACCAGUCUGGACCCGCUCAACGGUCACUCAGCCUUGGUUCCCAGACCCACCUGGACGUCCUGCUGUCCAGUGACUAUUACUGCAGGGCUCUGCUGAUGAAAGUACCCAAAGAGUAUGACCUGGUGCUGUACUUUGAGGACGAGGGCCAGCGUGGAGAGUUUGUCCGGUAUCUUCGCUCUGAGGUGACAGACGGUGGACAGGAGCUGGCGGUGAGGGACAUGACAGAGAAGGAGCUACUGAGAGAGGCAGUGACCAGAGACCAGAGGACUCAGAUAGUUGAGACCUUCAUCAGGAGUGCCUUUGCCAAGGUCCUGGAGAUAGAGAGGGCUGGUGUCAGAGACCUGAGUGGUGCGUCCUGUAGGAAGACCCGGGAAGCCCUGCAGACUGAGCUGACAGGAACUGAGUUUGCAGACGCUCUGGGACUCAAACCGGACUCGCUCUUUGUCGACUCCAUGUUCACGCUGGCCGACAAGGACGGAAACGGAUACCUCUCCUUCCAGGAGUUCCUCGACGUCAUCGUGAUUUUCAUGAACGGUUCACCGGAGGAAAAAUCCAAAUUGAUGUUCUCGAUGCACGACGUUGACGGAGACGGUUUCUUAUCAAAAGAGGAAUUCUCCGGACUACUUCGGUCAUUCAUAGAGAUCUCCAGCAGCCUCCUGUCUAAAGGCCAGGCUGAGGAGGCUAUCCAAGCCAUGCUACAGGCCGCGGGCUUCAACGACAAGGAGCAGAUCACCUGGGAGGACUUCCACUUCUUGCUCCGGGACCACGAGAAGGAGCUGAAAUUUGCCCAGCUCAACAUUAAAGGGAUGGAGAAGGAGGGAGGAAACAGACUGAGUCGAAACCAACGUGUAUCUUUCAUCACCCCAGAGAGAAAAAUCUCGCCCUUAGAAGAGGACACACAGUUCUCCAGCAGCCUGGGGAAAGACGGACAAGAGCUUCGUAGACGACAAGGGAAAAGAUCGGGCCUCCAGAGUCCUAAAGUGUACGUGAAACCCAAGAAGGAUCGCUCCGGCAGGAACGCCGUCCAGCAGAAGAUCCAGCACUUCAAACGUUUCAUAGAGAACUACCGUCGCCAUAUUGUCUGUUUCACCAUCGUCUACGGCAUCACAGCUGGAGUGGCGCUGGAGAGAUGCUACUACUAUGGUUUGCAGGCAGACUCUUCGGGCGUGCCGGAGACGUCGGCGGUGGGCAUAGUGGUGUCGCGUGGUUCGGCGGCGGCCAUUUCCUUCCUGUACCCCUACAUGUUGCUGACGGUGUGCCGUAACCUCAUCACCUUGGGACGAGAGACCUUCCUCAACCGAUACAUCCCCUUCGACGCCGCUAUAGACUUCCAUCGCUUCAUGGCCAUGUCCGCCAUCUUACUCACAGUCACCCACUGUCUGGGUCACGUGGUGAACAUCUACGUGUUCUCAGUCAGUGACCUCAGCAUCCUGGCCUGUCUGUUCCCCAGGGUCCUAGCCAACAACGGGUCUGAGAUGCCGAUGAGAUGGUCGUGGUGGUUCUUUCAGACAGUUCCAGGAAUGACGGGCGUCCUGCUUCUGUUCAUCUUUGCGUUUAUGUACGUCUUCGCCUCACACUACUUCCGACGAAUCAGCUUCCAGGGAUUCUGGCUCACACACUACCUCUAUGUGGUUAUCUACAUCCUGACGGUGGUCCAUGGUAGCUACGCUCUGCUUCAACAGCCUAGUUUCUACAUCUACCUGAUCCCUCCGGCUCUGCUGUUCCUCCUGGACAAACUCAUCAGCCUCAACAGGAAGAAGGUGGAGAUCCCUGUGGUCAAUGCUACGCUGCUCCCCUCAGGUGUGACCUUCCUGGAGUUCAAGCGUCCCCAGGGUUUCAUGUACCGCUCAGGCCAGUGGGUGAGGGUGGCGUGCCUGACGCUUGGCACCGAUGAGUACCACCCAUUCACCUUGACGUCAGCUCCACAUGAGGAGACCCUCAGCCUUCAUAUCCGCGCUGUGCUGUACUUUGAGGACGAGGGCCAGCGUGGAGAGUUUGUCCGGUAUCUUCGCUCUGAGGUGACAGACGGUGGACAGGAGCUGGCGGUGAGGGACAUGACAGAGAAGGAGCUACUGAGAGAGGCAGUGACCAGAGACCAGAGGACUCAGAUAGUUGAGACCUUCAUCAGGAGUGCCUUUGCCAAGGUCCUGGAGAUAGAGAGGGCUGGUGUCAGAGACCUGAGUGGUGCGUCCUGUAGGAAGACCCGGGAAGCCCUGCAGACUGAGCUGACAGGAACUGAGUUUGCAGACGCUCUGGGACUCAAACCGGACUCGCUCUUUGUCGACUCCAUGUUCACGCUGGCCGACAAGGACGGAAACGGAUACCUCUCCUUCCAGGAGUUCCUCGACGUCAUCGUGAUUUUCAUGAACGGUUCACCGGAGGAAAAAUCCAAAUUGAUGUUCUCGAUGCACGACGUUGACGGAGACGGUUUCUUAUCAAAAGAGGAAUUCUCCGGACUACUUCGGUCAUUCAUAGAGAUCUCCAGCAGCCUCCUGUCUAAAGGCCAGGCUGAGGAGGCUAUCCAAGCCAUGCUACAGGCCGCGGGCUUCAACGACAAGGAGCAGAUCACCUGGGAGGACUUCCACUUCUUGCUCCGGGACCACGAGAAGGAGCUGAAAUUUGCCCAGCUCAACAUUAAAGGGAUGGAGAAGGAGGGAGGAAACAGACUGAGUCGAAACCAACGUGUAUCUUUCAUCACCCCAGAGAGAAAAAUCUCGCCCUUAGAAGAGGACACGCAGUUCUCCAGCAGCCUGGGGAAAGACGGACAAGAGCUUCGUAGACGACAAGGGAAAAGAUCGGGCCUCCAGAGUCCUAAAGUGUACGUGAAACCCAAGAAGGAUCGCUCCGGCAGGAACGCCGUCCAGCAGAAGAUCCAGCACUUCAAACGUUUCAUAGAGAACUACCGUCGCCAUAUUGUCUGUUUCACCAUCGUCUACGGCAUCACAGCUGGAGUGGCGCUGGAGAGAUGCUACUACUAUGGUUUGCAGGCAGACUCUUCGGGCGUGCCGGAGACGUCGGCGGUGGGCAUAGUGGUGUCGCGUGGUUCGGCGGCGGCCAUUUCCUUCCUGUACCCCUACAUGUUGCUGACGGUGUGCCGUAACCUCAUCACCCUGGGACGAGAGACCUUCCUCAACCGAUACAUCCCCUUCGACGCCGCUAUAGACUUCCAUCGCUUCAUGGCCAUGUCCGCCAUCUUACUCACAGUCACCCACUGUCUGGGUCACGUGGUGAACAUCUACGUGUUCUCAGUCAGUGACCUCAGCAUCCUGGCCUGUCUGUUCCCCAGGGUCCUAGCCAACAACGGGUCUGAGAUGCCGAUGAGAUGGUCGUGGUGGUUCUUUCAGACAGUUCCAGGAAUGACGGGCGUCCUGCUUCUGUUCAUCUUUGCGUUUAUGUACGUCUUCGCCUCACACUACUUCCGACGAAUCAGCUUCCAGGGAUUCUGGCUCACACACUACCUCUAUGUGGUUAUCUACAUCCUGACGGUGCUCUCUCUCUUUCUCCAUGGUAGCUACGCUCUGCUUCAACAGCCUAGUUUCUACAUCUACCUGAUCCCUCCGGCUCUGCUGUUCCUCCUGGACAAACUCAUCAGCCUCAACAGGAAGAAGGUGGAGAUCCCUGUGGUCAAUGCUACGCUGCUCCCCUCAGGUGUGACCUUCCUGGAGUUCAAGCGUCCCCAGGGUUUCAUGUACCGCUCAGGCCAGUGGGUGAGGGUGGCGUGCCUGACGCUUGGCACCGAUGAGUACCACCCAUUCACCUUGACGUCAGCUCCACAUGAGGAGACCCUCAGCCUUCAUAUCCGCGCUGUAGGUCCCUGGACCAGCCACCUCCGAGAGGCGUACACCCCCGACAACCUGGGGCAACUAGGAGCAUAUCCAAAGCUGUACCUGGACGGGCCGUUUGGGGAGGGCCACCAGGAGUGGACGGACUUCGAGGUGUCAGUCCUGGUGGGAGGAGGGAUUGGAGUCACCCCCUUCGCUUCCAUCCUCAAAGACCUGGUCUUUAAGUCCUCCGUCAAGUUUAAGACCCAGUGUAGAAAAGUGUACUUUAUCUGGGUGACUCGUACGCAGCGUCAGUUUGAGUGGGUGUCUGACAUCAUCCGGGAGGUGGAGGAGCAGGACAGUGUGGAUCUGGUCUCUGUCCACAUCUACAUCACACAGCUGGCAGAGAAGUUUGACCUGCGAACCACCAUGCUGUACGUGUGUGAGCGUCACUUCCAGAAGGUGUGGAACAGGAGCCUCUUCACCGGCCUGCGCUCUGUCACCCACUUUGGCCGUCCACCAUUCGUCUCCUUCUUCAGUUCUCUGCAGGAAGUGCAUCCUGAGGUGGGUAAGAUCGGUGUGUUCAGCUGUGGUCCUCCUGGUCUCACUAAGAACGUAGAGAAGGGCUGCCAACAGAUGAACAAGAGAGACCAAGCACAUUUCAUACAUCACUAUGAAAACUUCUAAACUUGUACAACACUACUAGGGAUUUCUGCCCUUACUAGGGACAUACUAGGGGUUACAAUACACACAACACAUGUUACUAUGGGAAAUAAGAAUUACCGUGGGUAUAUAUGUCUUUCUUACCAUUGUUUUUUUGUACCGUGCAUCUGAAAGUAACAGGAUGUGUAUAUGUAUAUAUAUAUAUAUAUAUAUAUAUAUAACUUCUAAAUGUAUAGUCUUCUCUUGCUACAACAAAACAGCACUGCUCGGUAUUUCCUUCCCUCAAGCAGAGAUGGAGAAUGUUAUAUACACACAACAUUGGGAUACCAUUUUUUUUUUAGAAAGAACAGUUUAUGAUUCAUUCAGACUAGAUUUAUGAUUUACAAAUGAUUUACAGUGAAAAUAAAAGACAGUAUAUACUCUAUUACAUUUUUUUUUAAAUGCACAUCAUCUGCAAAAUAAAUUGUAAUUCAACAAUAUAAUAAAAUUAAAUAUGUUUCUCUUUCAA